UCUCACAAUAUCUGACAAUCCCCCUGUUUGCCGGGACUUCAAUUCAAGUUCCUGUUCAGAAUUCAGAAAUUGUUUGUUUUACAGCCUUUAAGCGCCAAGCAGGAACACUCCCUGCUUCAACUUGCGCAAGUGGACCAGCAGCUAGCAAGGGGACAAGCUGUUUUGUGCAUGGGGUGGUCAGAUUUGGUUUCCCAGGACCGCCUAGGAUAGGUACUGCCAUGUUAGUGGGAGCUUGGCGAGCAUUGUAGCUUUGUCAUGUCAGGUUCUUUGGUCGCUUGGUUACGUUAGUAGGUUGCUCAAGAUUUAAGUAAGUCACAAGGACACGUAAUGCAAAGCCGACUGGGUUGCAUUCAGUUCUUCCAAGCCUCUCAAUCUUACACAGCCAUAGGGUUUUUGUGGAUCUGCGUCUGCAAGAGGUUUAGGAACAUCUUAGCUGUUACCAGCAUCAAGGGUAACUCUAUGGAUCUGCAGCGUACUUGAUUCUGAACUGUUUACGAGGCACCUCUCAAUCAACGUCGGUUUACGAGGCAACUCUUGAUCAGCGUCAAGAGUUUGACUUGAAUGGGAGUGAUGUCUGACUAGCCCAGCUUUUGAAGCUCUUUUCCGCUCUAGAUCUUGACUGCAAAUUUGUCCGUGCCAACCUAGUGUCGUCAUGGUGGGCCUUACCAAAACGAGGGCGGCAGCAGUUUUGGGGGUGUCUGAGGAUGCAGAAGAAACAGAGAUUCGAACCGCUUUCAAGAAGCUCGCGCUGGUCUGGCACCCUGACAAGAACAAAUCACCGGAGGCUACGGAGAAGUUCAAGGAGAUCAAUGCGGCACACAAGCGCAUGCAGCAGCCUGACAGCGAGGACGAGAUCGAGUGGGAUGAUGACGACGACAUUGUGCCGUUCGAGCAGUUCAUGGACUUGCUGUCAAAAUUAUUCGCUCGCCAGGCUGCCGCCCGUCGCAGUCCCUUUGGAGGAGGCUUUGGGGGCGGGGUGUUUGGUGGCGGCGGCCCCUCGCAUGCUGGGGGCUCUUUCGGCAGGAGCUCUUUCGGCGGUGGCCCGCAUGUGCACUUUGGAGGCAUGGGGAGAGGCCCAGGAUUUGUGUUCGUCCCUACAAUGUCCCGGUCUGACAGCGACUCGGAGUACGAGACGGACUCGGAAGAGGAGGAUGAGAAUUGGCGGUACCGCCGAGGGGAGCAGAGGAGGGCGGAGGAGCAGAGGAGGCAGGAGGCGGCUCAGAAGAGGCAGCAGGAGGCACAGCGCAAACAGGCGGAGGCUGCUGAGAGGAAGAAGAGAGAAGACGAGGCUAAUCAGAAGAGGAGAGAAGAGCAGGAGGCACGGCGCAAGGCGGAAAUAAAGGCGAAGCACGAGGCGGCGGAGGCUCUGAAGCGGCAGAAGAGGGAGGAGAAGGCUAGGCAGAAGGAGCGCCAAGUGGCGGGGGCGAAAGAGCGGGAGGAGCAGGAGGCGCGCGAGAAAGAGGAGGCUCUUGCAAAGGAGAAGGAGGAGCAAGAGCGGCGGCGUCGCGAGGAGCAGAGUCGGCGGGACAAGGCCAAGGCUAAGGAGCAGGCAGAGGCGGCGGCGCAGGCGCACGCAGACGCCAUGGCGGCAGAAGCGGCGGCUCGGCGCGAGAAGAAGAAGGUGCAGCAGCCGAAGCCGAUGCGGAAGCGAGGGUUGGGGAAGGCUGGGGACGAAGACGAGGCUGAAGGAUCUCCCGCAUCCUCCAACCCGUUUGCUGCCCUCAAGCCCGACUCUGAGCCGCCCAAAGUCAAGAAGGCCGUCAAGACCAGGGACCUGCCUCCUGAAACCAACGGCGACGAAGUGGAGCCGGAGAGCGAAGUACCCCGAGUCUCCGCAAAAGCCUCCACAGCGCCCCGUGCGGCGCCCACUCCCGUGGCGCCAGCUGUCAACGGUGCUGCAAAGGUAGUGACCCCGCCCCCAGAGGUGAAGCCCAAAGCUGCGCCGAAGGUGGAGACUGCCCCCGUAAAGCAGAAGACUCCGGAGGAGAUUGCAAGAGAGAAGGAGGAAGAAAAGGAGAAGGAGGCGCGGAAGAAGAAGAGCCGCGAGGAGGCGGCCCGCAAGCGCGCGGAGAAGGUGGCAUACGAGCGGAUGAUGGCGGAGAUGGAGGAGAAGAAGCGCAUCGAGGACGAGGACCGCGCGAUGGCGCUGCGGCUGCAGGCGGAGGAGGAGCGGCUGGCGCGCAUCGAGGCGUACCAGCGGCAGCAGCGGGCCAAGCAGCAGCAAGAGGAGGCCAAGCGAGCGGCGUCGCGUCAAGUCGGAGCUCGUCAGGCGCCCGGCUCUGCCUUCGCCCGGCCGAAUGGAACUGCUUACGCAACAACCGCAGCGGCAGCAGCGGCGACAGCUGCGGCAGCCCCCAUGCCUCCUUCCCCGUCAACUCAACGUCAGCCUGACCUGGGCGUCUCGGGACCACCGUUCUCUUCCCCAUCACAACCGCUGCACUCGCCCUCUGAGACCCAGCCCGCUGGCUUUGGGCAGCGAGGGUUUGGCGCACAUGCGCCUGCUUCAGCUUUUGUCGAGCAGCCCACAGGGUUUGUCGAACAACCGACCGGGUUUGUCGAGCAGCCCACCGGGUUUGACGGCGCCGACAAUGGGCCCGCGGCGAGCGAGCCGCUGGAUCCUGCAGUGGAAGCGGUGUGGAAGAUGGAGCAGGACAGGGUAAAGGCGGGACGGCGCCUCGACGAGGACCAGCGGCGCAAGGCCGACGAGCAGAAGCGCAAGAAGGAGGAGGCGGAGCGGAUCGAGGCGGAGCGCCGCAGGCGCGCGGAGGACGCUUUGCUGCAGAAGGCGAAGCUUGCGGGGACUGGAGGGAAGAAGGCGCCCCGGCGGAGGCGGAGGGGGGGUGGAGGGGUCGCCGGGCUCGACGAGGCGCAGGGCUGGCCGGGGGCCGAAUUUGCGGCCGGGUCGUCGGAGUGGGGGGGUGGAUCGGCUGGGGACGAGGCCCCCGGGGAGUGGGAGGAUGUGCCGGGUGAGGGCAUGGUGGAUGACGCGGAGUUUGAGGAGAGAGAGCGUGAGGCGGAGAUGCUGCGAGAGGAGGAGCGGCAAAGAGAGGAGCGGAAGCAGGCACAGCAGACGCAGCAGAAGGAGGAGGCGGGCUCGGAGUUCGACAUCAACUCGAUUCUUGCGGAGAUUGCGUCCCGUGCGGAGCAGGAGCACCGCGCCUCCCCCACGUCCCCCCUGGAGGCAGUCUCUGCCGCCAGCGACGGUUCUCCCGACGUCCACGUGCCGUCUGAGAAAAUUCACCGUCCACCACCCAGAUACGCCCCCUACCAACCCCUCAAACAAACGGCGGGUCUCCAACAACCCAACGGCAUGCCCGCCAUGCGGACGGAGGCGGACAUCCUUAGGGAGACGUGGGGUCAGAGCCACGAAUCGAGUGACGCAACCACAACCACUUUCUCCGUUCAUGGGGCAGUACCCGGGGCAAAGCGCCGGGAGCUACCAGUCCAGCCCGCCCCCCCCCCCUUCUUGCAACCCCAGCUGUCCGCUUAUGGGGGGUACCCGAGCAGCUAUGCCUCCGACUCUCGUGUCCAGGCGACCCCCCCGUCCGCUGGACCCCCUCCGCAAUUAUACCCCACCUCCCAGGUCUACCCUUCGACUCAAUACCCCCCCCAGCAGCAGCCCCUGCCGACCGCUUAUCCUGGGUACUACUCAUCCAACAGUGCGCCGCAGGGGUAUAAGCAGCCAGCCGCCAUGUACCCAGCCAGUCAGCCGGGGUACCAGGGCAGUGCGGGCCCUCCACCGUUCUCGAGCGGGUUUGGGGGGACCAGUCAGACGUACCCGCAGGGGGGGGUGGGGCAGUUUGCCACGCAGCAGGGGGGCGUGGGGCAGUUUGCGCGGCAGCAGGGGGCCCCACAGCAAAUGUACGGGGGCCAGCAGGAGAUGGGCGCACACCAGUACGGGUGGCAGGGGCAAUAUGCAGGCGCAGGGCAAGCGUCAGGGCUUCACUCGUCGGGCCAGUACACCCCGUCGAGCGACACCCCUUCUCCGCCCGACACGUCGGUCACGCAGCCCAUUCGGCAAGGCGACAGCGAAUACUGGGUCAAUGAGCGGGCCGACGCAAACGGGGCCGAAAAUGUGGACGAGUACCCCCCCCCAGGAGCGGCAUACGACGCAGUCGAACAGACCCUCGGCAGCGAUUUGGAACCGCAGGCAGAUGCGUAUUACCAGGAGGGAGAGGGCGGCGAGAGCAGCGCUCAGGCUGCGGCGUUUGGUGGUACAGAGCAGGAUAGCGGCUACGGGAAUGGCUAUCAAGACGGGGAGGGGUGGCAAAACGCACCGCAGGAGAGCCAGCAGGGGUGGACUGCGAUCCCCACCGGUUGGGGGGGUGAGGAAGAGCAGCAGCCAGUAGGGGGGGCGGCGAGUGAGUAUGGCGGCGCGGGGGGGUACGCCAACGGCGGCGGAUUUGCUGACGGAGGCGCUUACCAGAACCCGGCGGCCAACGGCGGUUACGGCGAGCAUGAGGGGCGUGCGCAGGGGGGCUCUGCGUCGGAGUACUCGUCCUGGGGAGGUGGAGAGGCGCAGCAGAAGCAGGCGACGGGGUGGGGAGGGGAGAACGGCGGCCCACAGAACGGCCAGCAUGACGAUGGCGCGUACAAUCGGCAGCAGCAGUUCGAGGGUCCGCGGCAAGGCAAGGGGGGCCAAGGGUUUGAGGGCUUCGGGCGCACGUGGCAGCGGGGCAGCGACUCUUACUCAAACGCCAGCAACGGCAGCGGGAGCCCGGUUGCAGGCGGGGUGGGUCAGCGGCCGUGCCGAUUCUUCCAGAGGGGGAACUGCAAGUUCGGGACUCGGUGCAAGGAUGCACACGUGGCGCCCGGCGGUUUGAGCAGGACUCCCGGGCCUCAGGACCGAACGCCCGCGUUCCAUGCCACGUCAGCACGGGACCCGCCGAUGCAGGCCACUGGGUGGGGUGCGGAUUCCAGAGAGGAGAUGGACCCGAGCGCGGGCUUUGGGGGGUACCAGAAGCGGGGGCCGCAGGGGGGCACGGCGCGGAGGGGGGGGUUCCAGAACUCGGGGGACGUGCGCAAGCCGGGCAUCUACGAAGCUGAUGGGGAGAAGCCAGGGAACGCUCAUUCGGGGGGGUUGCACAGCAACGCGGGCGGACGGAGGGGGUAUGGCGGGCCACAAUGGCAGCCUCGUGGGGCACCCCCCCGGCGGUCCCCAAUGUGAUUUGAGGGAGGCAUGUGACAUGUGAAUUGGUAGCGUUUGUCAGCCGACUUAGGAGACACUGGUCUGAUCAGGCGUGCGGGCGACUAGUUGAUUGUUUUAGGGCAGGAGGCUCGUUCAGUAGGAUUUGCUCUUGACGGCGCACCUCAGGGGCGAAGAAAUGGGCGACAAUAGAACGCUGCUACUCCCAAGUUCUGGCUUUAAGCCUUACAGUGAUACUGCAGUUCGUUUUGUGCCGUCCUACUUGUGAAUUGAUUGAGAGUCUGAAGUAGCUCGCUGUAAGGGUGGAGCCUGAAAAAGCUCCCAAUUCCAAGUAUUCUGAAGGGACCAGGGAAGCCGAAGUGGCUAGAAGCAUGUCGAGCCAGUUGAGGGAGUAGGCGGCAUGAAGCUGCGAAAAUAGCAACGUUUACCAUCGAUUUCAAACCACCUUCUGUGGAUUAGUUUAUCAUUACUAACGUCAGGCUUACAGAGGAUUUGUUCGAUCUCAUUGACCUUAGCCAUCGAGUUCUUGGCGCGAUUGCAGAUUGCCUGACA